AGUUUGGACUUGAAUUGCCUGAUCCUCAGACAGAACCCACUUUUUUUCUCAGCUGAAAACAGUCAUUUUCUCUCUCUUUUUCUCCUCUCUCCUCUCUUUUUCCUUUCCUUUCUUUCUCUCCCUCUCUAUCUCUCUCUCUCUCUCCCAUUCUCUCUCCUUCUCUCUGCUGUCUUUUUUCUCUACUUAACAAAUAGUCUUUCUCCCUUGUGCACACUCUCUCGUCUUUGAACCAAUCGCAAUUUUUUGUUUGUCUCAAACUUUCCUGGUCAGUGUGUAUUCAUUCACGUUCAUCCCAUUCAUCCUCACCUCAUCGAAACUCACCUAUUACCCAUUGCAUCCACAUUGUCUUGCAACAUGAAGGACCAUCCAUCAGCCAAAUUUUCAUCUGUAACCAACAAUUUUUUAGUCUUUGGUAAAAAAAGCCGAGUCGUCUUUAAUGCUAACUGUAUACUCUGUGAACCCGAAUCUCAACCUAAUUAUCGAACUAUCAUUCCGUUAAAUUUGGUUGUUGCCGUUCGUUCAUGCUCCUGUCGUAAGGUUAAAAAGCUUUUCUGUGAAUGUAUCGAAAUUUCCAACAAUUGCGACCAAUUGUCAUCACUGUCCUCUGUGAAUCUCAAUGGAAAUAGCUUUAACAGUGGUCUUUCGUUGCCGAGCAACAUUGGAUCAACCUCAUCAUCUUCAGCCUCAUCAUCGUCAACUGUCCCUUCAUCAAAUCGAGACUCUAGUGAAUCAGUAAAUGGACACAAUAAGAUGAACCAUGUUCGUGUUUAUUACGGAAUUCCGAGUGGAAAAUUUGCUUGGAAACUUAAUCACUUGAUAUUAGAUCCAGUUGAACAAUCGGAACAACAAAUAGCUGAAUGGAUUGUUUUAGUUAAUAGCUUUUUAAAAGACUUUAAUCGACCCAAGAGUUUAAUGAUAUUCAUCAAUCCUUACGGUGGUAAAAAGAAAGGCCCUAAAAUAUAUCGAGAUAAAAUAGCUCCACUUUUCGCCAUUGCCGGCUGUUCUACAAAUGUAAUCACAACCCAGCGGGUUAACCAUGCUCGCGAUGUUAUCACAGACCCAGCGUUUCCAAUAAACUCGUACGAUGGUUUAAUUUGUGUUGGUGGCGACGGAAUGUUUUCAGAGUUACUCAACGGUCUUUUAAUACGAACCCAAACCGAUGGCAAAAUAGACCACAACAACCCACAAUCAACCCUAUUACCUCCCAAUGCAAUUAUCGGUGUAAUUCCCGCUGGUUCAACGGAUGCCGUUUGUUUUGGUGUUUGUGGUAACAAUGAUCCAGUAACUGCAGCCAUGCACAUUAUCCUAGGAAACCAGGUCAGCAUUGAUGUGAGUGCAAUCCACUCAGCUCGAGAUGAGGGUAAACUCCUUCGUUAUGGUACAACCAUCUUGGGCUAUGGAUUCUUUGGUGAUGUUAUGGCUGACAGUGAAAAAAAUCGCUGGAUGGGACCUAAAAGAUACGAUUGGGCUGGAUUUAAGAAAAUUUUAGCUCACAAAGUUUACCAAGGAGAGAUUAAGCUUCACGUUUCCACACUCGAUGGAUCACCAAAAGAUCCGGAUAUCUGUACCUCUGACUGUGCAUUAUGUGCCAAAUCAGGACUUCGAUCUCGAUAUGAUUCGGUUAUUGAUCCACACCGGGAAGUUAACGAUGGCUCAUGCAUAGCCAUACGAGGACGAUUCAUGGCAAUCAAUGCUGUUACAAUGUCCUGUCGAUGUGAAAAAGCUAAACGUGGCCUUAGUCCAGCUGCUCACCUUGGUAAUGGCUGUGCUGAUCUCAUUAUUGUAUCUAAAUGUUCACGACUCGAUUAUAUUCGUUACAUGAUGAGAACAGGCUAUCUUGCCAAAAGUCCUUUCGAUCUUGAUUUUGUUGAUGUCUAUCGAGUCAAGGAGUUUGAAUUUAAUCCAAUCGUUAGACCAGAAGGAUCAUCAAGCAAAUAUCAAGUUUCCAAUGCCUCAGUCUGGAACUGUGAUGGUGAAAUAAUCAAUGAACCAGCACUCCAUGUGAAGGUUCACUGUCAAUUAUUACCGAUUUUUGGAAAUGGCCGAGAAAACCGUGAUCUCAAUGGCAAAGGAGCAUUUACAAUGUCAGCAAACAAGAUAUUUGAUACUUCGCGUCCAUUAAACUCAAACGGCCAAUUAAACAAAUCGAUGAGAAUUGAUGAUCAAACAAAUGAUAAUGGAAACGACAUGGAAAAUAAUCUUAAAUCCUAUUCACAGCCCAUUGAGGCCAUUUCCAGUGUUUAAACAAAAUCUUUUUGGCUUCACUCGUAAAGCAUUCAGGAAGAAAUGAAGAUUAUCGUUAACCAAUCUCUACAUAAAUCAUUUUUAAGCCAACAAUCAACAAAAAAGCCACGAAAUCACAUUCAUCCUCAAUUGGCCAUCCUAAUUAUAAUGCUUAGUUGUAUCAUAAUUGUUUCAUCCUUUUUUAUGUCAAUUUUUAUGUAAAACAAAACCAACAUUCACAAUCGAUAUUUGAUAACUUAGCUUACAAGAAUUGAGAUUAAUCAAAUUCAUCCAAUUUGCUUUUUUCAAUCAAUUUUUCUAUUUAUUAUCAUGUUUGUUUUGUUUCAUUUCCCUUGGAAUCAUUUGUUAUCCUUUCCACUUCCCUUUCAGUUUUACCUUUUACUGUUUACCUUUUCAUUGAUGGCAUCCAUCGAUAUUUUGUUAUUUCAUUUUGAACAAUUUCCUGAUCUUCACGAUCAAUAUGCUUUGUAAUUAAAUCAAACGAAGAAUUUCUUUUUCUUUUCUUCUCACCUUAAUUUUGUUAGCUUUUAUAAUUCUUCAUCCACAAUUCAAUUGUUCAUUUCUAUCAUCAUCAUUAUUAUUAUUAAUAUCAACUUUUUUAUAUUAUUUGUCGCAACAAUCCGAUUAUUAUUGAUUCUUUUGCUAUACUUUUUGAUACUCUGUUUUUUUUCUUUUUCUGUAUAUCUUUUCAAUGUGUAUAACAAAUGAAGCUAAUUGUCAAUUAUUAGCUUGAAUAUUAAUCGUUUAUCAUUGUAAUAAUUGUAACUCAUUUGAUUUUCCUUGUGAAAUUUCAAAAAAUCAAUGAGAUUUUGUAGGCUCAAACCCGUGAAUGGGUUUUACAAUUUUAAGAGCCAGCAAAGAUAUUGACAAUCAAUUGAAUAUUUAAUUGUAAACCAAUAUGUUAACCAUUUUAGAAAACAAUUUUAGUUUAACUACAAAUGAUAUUUACUUUCUGAGAUCAGUUAAUAAACAAAAUCUGUUCCUAUCAAACAAA